CACAGUGUGAAUUCACGUUCUCGACAGCGCCACCUCCUGGGCACACCUUCAACUGAAUGGGGUAUCAGGGUAUUAAAUACCCAUGUCUUUUGUCCCACAGCUCAUCUAGCAUCAGGACCACGUCACGCAAGAAGCGGUCCAGAGAAACAACAGUGAAGAAGAAUGCUGAUGUAUCUACUUUGGGCGCUGUUCCUGCCCAGCGCUCUGGGGACUGGAGGGAGCGUGGACUUGACCAUGUCCUCAGGUGCUUCCGGCACCGCUGUCGUCAAGGCUGUCGUUGACAGGAUCAGGUCCAACUGCAUCCUCGGGGACGACCGUCUGUUCCUGCGACGUCUGGCCUACGUGGAGACAAAAGACGGAACAGAUGCCAAGACAUACAGAUCUGGGUAUGACGGGGGCAUCUGGCAGAUUGAUGAACGCAAGUUCCUGGAGACGAAGACCUGCCCCUCGUCCAUAGUGGCUGAGUGUAACAAAGCUAAAUCAGCCUUCAACAUCAACUGGCGCACCACAUCCUGGUCAGACCUGAGGAAGCCUCUGUACUCCGGGCUGGCAGCGGCUCUCUACAUAAAGAAGUAUCACAGCAGCAGCCCUCCCGGUGACGUCAGCAGUCAGGCCUCGUUCUGGGCCUCAAAGCUGAGACCGAGUGGCAGCCAGUCUGGAUUCGUUACAAAAGCCAGAGCAAUGAAAGGAAUUGAUUGCAAGACUCAGCUUGACCUUGCAUUCAUCCUGGACGGUUCUGGGAGCGUAUCAAGAAGUGACUUUAAUCACAUGAUCAAGUUCGUGGAAAAUGUGACGAAAAAUCUAGACAUAUCGGAAGAUGAGGUAAAAGGGUCUACUGUUGAAUAUGCUUCCUCAGUUGGAGAUGAUAUUGAAUUCAAAGACUUUGCAUCCAAAAGCAGCUUGGUGUCUGCCAUAGCUAAAAUCAGAAAGAGUGGUGGUGGCACCAACACAGCUGCAGCCAUCCUCCACACUGUCAACGUCCUGUUCAGACCAGCAGCAGGUGCGCGGCCAAAUGCCAAGCGUGUAGCGAUCCUUAUGACUGACGGCAGGUCAAACAGUAAAACAGCUACUAUCAGUGCUGCUAAGAAGGCUAGAGGUGCAGGUAUUACCAUGAUAUCUGUCGGUAUAGGAAACGCUGAUGAGGCUGAAUUGAGGGGCGUGGCCACAGAUCCUUACUGUACCCACGUGAUCAUGCUCAACAGCUUCAGGGAGAUUGACAGUCUCCUGUACCAACUGAAGGAAAGUUCCUGUGGAGCCCUGACUGCAGUGGAGGUGAACACGACCAUCAACACAACACUACCUGUGAACCAGACUGUGGAGGACGCAUUUGAAUUUAAGGACGAUAACACCACAACACCCGACUCAGGCAAAGAAAAAGCAGUGGUGGGCGAGGUGGUGUGUGGCACUCUCAAAAUGUACGCUUCCUACACCAUUCGUCGUCCAGGCCCCGCCUACUAUGACGUCAAAGAGACUGCAAGUGAUAACAAACCUGGCGUCAUCUUCUUUAACAAGACGAUGAAGGGGAGACAACUGUACAUUACUGUCAUUGGAACUCGGUUGUCUGUAUUAGUUGCCCAGUUGGCUUCGUGUGUCAACGCCAGUUUCAGCGUGCGGAUUUCCCAGCAACCAACAAAGGCCCAGAUAAUCUGUAAGGAAGGCGGGAAGGAAAGGCCGUGCUCCAAGAAGGACUUGGAGGACAACGGAUACAACUGUGAUGAUACAUUCUACAAUGUUACCAACCCUUGUUCCCCUGGCAACGCCUGUGACCACGCCCACACCUCUAAUCGGCAUCAGUCCGGACUAGUACAAGCAGCCACACACACACAUACACGUGCAUGCACGUCGCUAUAUAAGUGCAAUAAUCUUGGACGCGACGUUAAACCCAAUUUCACCUCACCUCACACCUCUGACUCCACCAAGUUCAUCCGGUGCGACCUCAAGGGCAACAUGUACGUCACCCAAUGUCCCGGCAAAGCCCACUACAACCCUGACACAAUCAGCUGUGGGUCGGAACCAGUCGAGGGAGGGAUCUCCUGCAAUGUCACCAAUCCAUGCACUCCUGCAAAUAUUGCCAAGCAUCGAUUCGACUUCCCCUACCCGCCAAACCCGUCCAGGUACAUCCGGUGUGAUGCAUUUGGGAAACUGUGGAUGAGGGAUUGUCCCAGCGGCACAGUAUGGGAUGACGCCAGGAGAUCGUGUACUGGCCAAUCUGGGGUGAAACCAUCCGCCCUCGGAACCUCCACCCCCUCCAUCUCCCAAGUCACCCCUGUCUCCACCGGCUGCAACGGCAACAACAACGGCGCACUGCUCCCCCACGCUGACCCAAAUAAGUACAUCCUCUGCAACCACGGUACGGAGGUGGUGAUGUCCUGUCCUCCGUCACUCAAGUUUGACGUCAGCAUCAAGCGCUGCAACUAUGGCUAGCGGCCGCACUGUACCGGCACGUGUCACGUACUGAACGAAAUAAAAUGACAGUGGCAACCA